AUGAAAUAAAACAAGAAUUGGUCAAGAUCCAGAAGAAGUUCAUCUACUAAACCUAAAACCAAAAAGACUAAUCAAGGUAAAAAAAGAAAGAACAACUCAAAUUAUUCCUCACGUAAUACCAGCACAGAAUCUCAUGAUGUAGAUGGCUGUCAACCAGAUGAAGGAAAAAUUCUUAAAAUUAUCAGGGGACUGGAAGCUGAAGAGGAGUUUUAAGUUUUGUGUUUGAAAUUGAAUCCCCUUAAUCUUGAGAAUGUAGAAUAGGAAUGUACUUGAUAUAUCUCAAUUUUAAGUCGGUAUUGGCCAAGAUCCAGAUCACCCAGAAUUUAAAAAAUGCUUUCAAUACAACAAAUAUUACCAAUAAGAAUUUCAAUAAUCAUUAAUUGAUGAGAAUGUCUUUCUUGGAAAUAGCCUGUCACACUAAAAGAUAUCUGACUUUUAAAGAGCAAGGAUGGUUGAUUGGAUUAUUUCGGUCUUUGGAAAGUAUAGUAAAACUACUUCAGAUGCUACAUUCUUCAGAGCUGUGUCAAUCAUGGAUUUCUUCUUUUAACAAUCAAUCAAAUAAUAUUCUUAUAAUGAUCUUCAUCUUAUUGGAAUUACCUCCAUGUUUAUAGCUACUAAACUUGAAGAUAUCUAUUUUAUCCAAUUAAGGUAGUUUGUCACAAAAAUCAGUCGAAAUAAAUUCUCUACGUAACUUUUAGUUUUAUUUUAGAUCCGACAUCAAAGAGAUGGAAAAAACAAUCUUGGAAACCUUGAAUUUCAAGAUCACAUUUCCCACAUCACUUGAUUAUUUACAAAAUAUCUUUUACUAAUGUUUUAAUUUGAAUGACAAGUAAGUAUUAUUUUAUUACAAAUUUAGUCCUACCUUAACAAAUAUUCUAAAAACCAGUAUUUACAUCUUAAAAAUGUGUCUUCAUGACUAUUCAAUGACAUCCUUCAAUUCCUAUACUCUGGCAUGUUCAGCAUUCCUCUACAGUAUUAAAGAUUUUGUUUCCAAAAUGAAUUUGUUCAAUGCAGAAUUCAUCAUCAACCAAUUUGUAAUUUAUUUAAACUAUAAAUGCAGUUUAACAAAGUGAUGGAAAUCUCUCAAAUAGAUUAAAUUCAGAUUGAGUUGUGUUUAAAUAAGACAGAAGAUCUUAUUUGUAGUUUUAAGAUUAAAUAUCCUUAACUCUACAAUUUAUAAGAAUUUUUAUGA